CAAACGCACACCACAACCAUCGAAAGCCGGCUACAAACACACACUUGAUCGAACAUCGAAGAAGGUAGCUCUUCACCAGCUCCAUCGCCGUCGCAAUGGCGCGGCGCGGCGGCAUGGUGGUGGUAGGCUGCUGCCUCCUGGUGGCACUCGCGCUGGCGUGCGGCGUGGCGUCGGCGCAACCCUCGGAGAAUGGUCCGCCCACGAAGCUCCCGCCCAAGGCCACGUUCCAGACCAUCACCAUCCCCAAAAACAGCACCAAGAGGCUGUACGCGGUCACCUGCCGCGAGAGGCGCGGAAAGCCUUGCGUCGUGUCCUGCCCAAGCCGCUGCCCCAACAAGUGCCUCGCCUACUGCAAAUACUGCAUGGCAUUCUGCGUGUGUGAUCUCGUCCCGGGGAGCUCGUGCGGAGACCCCCGCUUCACCGGCGGGGACGGCAACACCUUCUACUUCCACGGCAAGAAGGACCAGGAUUUUUGCAUCCUCUCCGACGAGGCCCUCCACAUCAACGCCCACUUCAUCGGCAACCACAACCCCGCCAUAAGGCGCAACUUCACGUGGAUCCAGGCCAUCGGCGUCAGCUUCGGCCAGCACCGCCUCUACGUCGGCGCUCGCAAGGCCGCCAUCUGGGACGAGGAGGAGGACCACAUCCACAUCAUGUUGGACGGCAAGGCCGUCGAUGUGGAGACCGUCAAGAACACCCGGUGGGUCUCCAAGGCCUUGCCCUCCUUGUCCGUCACGCGCAUCGACACGGUGAAUGCCGUCAUGGUGGAGCUCGACGGCGUGUUCGGCAUCUCCGUCAACGCGGUGCCGAUCACCGAGGAGGACUCCAGGAUCCACAACUACGGCAAGACCGGGAGCGACAGCCUCGUGCACCUUGACCUCGGCUUCAAGUUCCAUUCCCUCACCAAGAGCGUCCACGGCGUGCUCGGCCAGACCUACCAGCCGGAGUAUGUCAGCAAGGUAGACAUCAGCGCCAAGAUGCCUAUCAUGGGCGGCGCACCGAAAUACCUAUCCUCCAGUCUUUUCUCCACGGAUUGCGCCGUCUCCAAGUUCCGCAGCAACAACGUCGCCGGGAGUGUCAUCACCUUUGCCUCGUAAACCGUUCGCCCUUAUGGACAUGUAAGCACCUAUUAAUGCUACAAAUGGAAUAAGUCAGUAAUUGGGGUAUAUAUGUACGUACACAAAAAGAAAUAAGUUCAGAAAACAUCGACCGGUGGUGUUUGAAAUCUUUCAAACAUUGUAGAAAAGGCUGUAUUUCAAUUGAAUUGUGGUCGAGCAAUGUCGAAUUAUUUUUGAUGAAACAUGGCAGUACGUGUAGUACUCAGGGGCGGGCCCAACAUAAUUCAUGGGUGUUCAGAUGAAUACCCAUUAUUAUGGCAAAAACAUUUCGUGUAAGGGAAUAGAGAGUAGAUUAACGGAA